AUGACAUACGCCAGUAUAAUACAAGUGUACUUAAUAAAAUCCGAUAAAUCUGAGAAAGCAUAUAGUGGUUGGACAUGUGGUGGAGUAAUCGUGAGUCCUGAAUAUAUUGUAACGGCAGCCGCUUGCAUAGAAGAUGUUCAAUAUCUAUAUGCUAUCGCAGGAUAUAAAAAGUACGUGCCAUCUACAGAUGUUGACAACGACAAGUGUACAAAAGAGAUGAAAAAGAAAAUUGUAUAUACGUGUGUUCCAAAAUCUUACCAGUUUGAUUACGGUAAUGUAGGAAAGUGGUCUGCUAUAGACAUAGGCGUAGUCAAAGUCGAGUCGCCUUACAACUUCGACGAUAACAGAUACCAAGAGAUUUGUUCAUAUAAACCAAAUAAGAUCAAUAUUAAUUAUGAUCCCAAAUACCAAGAGCCCGGAGUAGACGCCCUAGUGAUGGGAUGGGGGCAUCUGGAGAAAUGGAGGCAACCCGGGGAUGACACGAUUUAUACUCAAACGGAGCCUCGAUAUGCAUCAACGCAAAUUUUAAAUAAAAAGAAAUGCAAGGAUAUAUAUGCAGAUUUUCCUGACUUACAAGUUAUUAUAGACAAAUACAUGAUUUGUACGAACGAAUGGGGAAAUAUAAAUGCUGAUGGUGAUCAAAUAUCCACAAUCAAACCUACGGCGGAAGGAUGUUCUGCCUUAAGAUAUGGGAAUGACCACGGUGGGCCUCUCAUAACUUGGAUUGGAGGACAUGAAGUUCUUAUUGGAGUCGCAUCAGUCUUCCGCGUCAACGCGAAUUCACAAUGCGAAGGACCGUAUUUAUUCACAAGCACUCAGUGCAACGGAGCGUUCUUAUAUUGUGUUUUAAAUUCUGAUAAGAGACGAAAGAACUCCAUAUGUGACCAAUCGCCGCGUACACGAGGCUUCGAUAUGGUUCAUAGACGCAUCUCGUGGGCAAAUCAUCCGGACGGACCUGCGGAAAAUGAAGUAGUCAAAAUUAGGCCUCAAAUUCCUAUAGGAAUUUUUGCACAAGCAAAGUCUCGUAAGAGCUCAUAA